ACUGAUGAGCGGCGGCCCCGGGCCGUGACGGGCGAGCGGGGCUAAUCCGGCCCCGCAUGACUGGUCCGGGGAAACCGCGGCGGGGGGAUUACACCCCCCGGGCCCCGCCCCAACGGGGGGCUCAGCUCAGCCCCCCCGGCCCGCCCGGCUCCGCACCGGGGACUUCACACCCGCCCGGGGACAGCGGGGACAGAGCCUUGUCCCAACCGAGACCGGGCCACCAGCACCGGCCCUGCGUGACCGUGUCCUGGCCGUGGGCACCCCGGACCGCCCCCGCUGCGUCCGGGCACCCCCUGCCCUUCGUUCUUCUAUCUCCCUCAGUCCCUCCGUCCCCCGUGUUCAUCCGCCCCUCUGACACACCCGGUACCGGCUCAGACCGGGUGCCCCGGGGCAGCGGGAGCCGUGCGGGGCAGUGCUGCGCCCACGCGGGCUGUGCACUCCGUAGGUGUCCACGGGCACGUUCACGAGGGUGCGGGGUGCCGCCAGGACAGCCCGGGACAGCCCGGGACAGCCCGGUCCCGAGCGGCGAGGGACGCGGCCGUCCUGUCGCGCCGGGCACGGAUCGGGACGGGAGGGGGAUCUGGGGGCUCCGGACCGGCACCGUCACCAGCGCGGCUCCGGUGGUCCUACGUCCCGGGGGGCUGCACGUCCUGUCCCCCGCAAAGCCCGUGGCCCCUGAAUUCUGCCUCCCCCGUGCGCCCGGGGCUGUCCCGGGAGAUCCCGUCACUCCCCCUCCCUGUGCACCCCGGGCUGUCCCGGGAGAUCCCGGGCUAUUCCCGUUCCUCACUCCCUCCGUACACCCGGAGCCGUCCCGGGCCGUCCCGGGCUAUUCCGGAACCGGCUCCUCCUUGUGCCGGGAGCUGUCGCGGGUCGUGCUGGGCUCCCCCCGCCGGUGCCGGUAGAGCGUGUGCGAGGGGCGGCGGGGAGGGCGGGGGACGGCAGCCGGGGGCUCUGGGCACGGGGCCGGGGCGCAGCCACCCGCCGGGCUAAUCCGGCCCGUGACGGACAGCCCCGGCGCCGCCGCUCCCGCCGCCCCGUAAGAGGUGCCGCGGCUCCGCCGCUCCCCAUUGUUAGGGCGAGGACGCGGGGAGGCCCCGCGCGGCGGGACCGGCCCACGGGGACCCUCCGCGCCGCCCCUAUAAGAGGGAAGGGGCUGGAAGAUGCUCCCGGGUGCUGAGCGCUGCGCACCCGCCGCGCCGAGCCGAGUCCAGCCGGGCCGCCUCUCCGGGGAGCCGCCGGCACCGAGCACCGGGCACCGGGUCCCGCGAACGGACCGCAGAGAACCGGUACCGACACGGGGUACCGCGCCCGGACUGCCGAGCGCCGGGUCUGCGGCGGCGGCACCGCGCACGGAGCGCCCGACGCCGCGCUCCAGGGACCGGGCAGGGAGCGCCGGGCACCGCACCCCCGACGCCGCGCCCCGGCCACCGGCUGCACCCCUGUGCCGGUGCCGGUGCCGGCCCGCCCGCCCGGCGCUCCCCGCGUCCCCCCCGCGGCCGUCCUGAUCUCGGAGCCGCCCCGCGCGUCCGGAAACACGCGUGGAUGUAGCGGCCGGGCCGGGGGCUCCGCGGCACCAUAAAUACCGGGACGGCCGCUCGCCCGCGCACUCUGCCGGGGCUCCCGGGGCCGGAGCCAUGCGCGCGGCCGCGCUGGGGUUGGCGCUCCGGGCGCUCUGGGCUCUGGCCCUCUCCUCCCUCUCCAACACGCUGGCGGUGAACAACAGCGGGCGGUGGUGGGGCAUCAUCAACGUGGCCUCGUCCACCAACCUGCUGACGGACUCCAAGAACGUGCAGCUGGUGCUGGACCCCAGCCUGCAGCUGCUGAGCCGCAAGCAGCGCAAGCUGAUCCGGCAGAACCCCGGCAUCCUGCACAGCGUCAGCUCCGGCCUCCAGACAGCCAUCAAGGAGUGCAAGUGGCAGUUCCGCAACCGCCGCUGGAACUGUCCCACCUCGCAGGGCCCCAACAUCUUCGGCAAAAUCGUCAACCGGGGCUGCCGGGAGACGGCGUUCAUCUUUGCCAUCACCAGCGCCGGCGUGACGCACUCGGUGGCCCGGUCGUGCUCCGAGGGGUCCAUCGAGUCCUGCACCUGCGACUACCGGCGCCGUGGCCCCGGGGGGCCCGACUGGCACUGGGGGGGCUGCAGCGACAACAUCGACUUCGGGCGCCUCUUCGGGAGGGAGUUUGUGGACUCCAGCGAGAAGGGCCGAGACCUGCGUUUCCUCAUGAACCUGCACAACAACGAGGCCGGGCGCAUGACGGUCUUCUCGGAGAUGCGCCAGGAGUGCAAGUGCCACGGCAUGUCGGGCUCCUGCACCGUCCGCACCUGCUGGAUGCGGCUGCCCACCUUCCGCGCCGUGGGCGACGUCCUGAAGGAUCGCUUCGACGGCGCCUCCCGCGUCAUCUACGGCAACAAGGGCAGCAACCGGGCGUCGCGGGUGGAGCUGCACCACUUGGAGCCCGAGAACCCGGCCCACAAGCCGCCCUCGCCCCACGACCUCGUCUACUUCGAGAAGUCCCCCAAUUUCUGCACCUACAGCGGGAAGACGGGCACGGCGGGCACGGCGGGGAGGUUCUGCAACAGCUCCUCGCCGGGGCUGGACGGGUGCGAGCUGCUGUGCUGCGGGCGCGGGUACCGCACGCGCACCCAGCGCGUCACCGAGCGCUGCAACUGCACCUUCCACUGGUGCUGCCACGUCAGCUGCCUCAACUGCACCAACACCCAGGUGCUGCACGAGUGUCUGUGACCCCCCCCCCGGCCCCCCGGGACCACCCUGCCCAGCCCCGGAGGGGGUCUGUGCCACACACCCCCCAUGAGGGGUGCCCGGCUGGAUUGGAGGCGCCCGUGGGCGGGGGUAUGGAUGUGCCCCCCAGGGACCCCCGUCCUGCCACGGGUGGGCUUGGUGCCACGCACCUUCCCGGCCACCCCCCGGCUCCACGGGGUCCCCUUCUCGCUGUAAAUAAAAUAUUUAUUGUGGACGGUUCGACGCCGUCGCCCCCUCCCCGCUUCGCUGGCCCCAGGCCCUGGUUUUUGUAAUUAAAGAAAAUAAUAAUUAAUAAUAAUUAAUAAUAAUGAUGCUUUGUUACAGGUGUCACUGAUAGCCUUUAGAGAAGAAUAAAGGAUAUAUUUUUAUCA